AUGGACCUGCCUCCGCUUUCCCUCGACCAGCUUUCCGCAGUCAUCGCAGCUGCUCCCGCACCCGCUGAUCUCUAUACCUCAUUAUCAGACUACGAAGAGCAAGCUUGCCUCCUUCCAACGACAACCGCUGACACAAGGGAUCUCCUGGUUGAUUUUUAUACGGCAUUUUUCUUCUCCCACCUUCUCACCGAUCAGAUUUGUGAAGCUCGUGCAUUGACGAGGCGGAUACCACGAGAGCUACUGCAAUCGGAUUCACUACAAAAUUGCUUGCUUCUCUUGCGCGCCGUAUGGCAAAGCAAACACCCCGAAAUCUACAAGGUCAUCCGAGAGCUACCAUGGUCCGAGCGAUCACAACCACUAGUACGACGUUAUGAGAGCUACUUCCAAGAAAAAACGUUGAAGGAAGUAAGCAAUUCCUACGAGACGAUACGAGCCACAACCGCUGCUAGGUAUCUCGGACUUGACACAGCCGCCGCUGAGGGAGGUGAUCCGGCAAUUAUCGCAAGGUUCACGGCCUGUGGGUGGAGAUGGGAUGGUCAGGCUCAAUUGUUGCACCCUAAACCAAUCGUCGCUGCGCCUCCGAAAGACGAUAGCUUGCAGAACGAACUUAGUCGGGUGAUGGCGUUGAUCGGCACCCAAGGCAGCUGA